AACGAGACUUGCUUCCCGCAAUCUCUGCCAAAUGAGAGAGAGGAUGAUUUAUUGAUUUACCCACAGUAGAGCCGCCGCCGCUAGAUCGCUUAUCACCACCCUCGCCCGACCCGGAUCCGACAUCCUCCUCCCCCGACCCGGCUGCCGGAGAACGAGCAGGUGGUGGUGGUGGGGCACAGCGCUGGCGGGCUGAGCGUGACGGAGGCGAGCCACAAGUUCCCAAGCAAGAUUCGGGUGGCUGUCUGUUAAAAGAUGAUUUCCUACAGACACAUCUCAUGGCAGCAAUUAAUCAAUGGUGGAAGGAUAAGCUUACAAUUAUGUCAAGGAAAGAUGGAGCCAAAAUAAUGUAUACAUGGACCUAUGUAGUAAUUGCCAUUGAUUGUUCUUUUUCCAUAUAUAUAUAUUGUACGUAUGGGAGUGGAAGUGUAGUGUCAGAGAAAGAAAAAGAAAAGAAAGAAAGGCACAAGUGUGCCAAGUGCAUCUUCUCUGAUUGUUCAAAGCAAUAGCCAAAAGUAUAAGGCAUUGUUUGUUUG